AUGUCCGACCUUCCUGAUACUACUCCAGUCCCAGUAUCCGAUGACCGAAUCUGGGUCGAUGGAUGCUUCGACUUCAGCCAUCAUGGCCAUGCGGGCGCCAUGUUACAAGCAAAGCAGCUCGGAAAGCAUCUCGUCGUCGGAAUCCACUCCGACGAAGAAAUCACAGCAAACAAAGGUCCCACAGUUAUGAACCUAAAAGAACGAGUUUCCGCUGUGGAUGCUUGCAAAUGGUCCGAUUUAUCAGUUCCCUACGCGCCAUACGUUACUCAAAUCCCAUGGUUGGACCACUUCGGCUGUCAAUUUGUCGUCCACGGUGACGAUGUCACUACCGAUGCUGAUGGAAACGACUGUUAUCGUCUCGUCAAGGCAGAAGAUCGGUUUAAGAUUGUUAAACGCACCCCUGGGAUUUCUACAACCGAUUUGGUCGGACGUAUGUUAUUGUGUACGAAACAGCAUUAUAUCAAAAGCAUCACUUCUCUCAUAGAAACCGAUGCCGAGACGAUGCAGCGGUUCGAGAUGUACGCAACGGAUUCUACUGGAUUGGCCCCUGGCAGCGUGGUUUGGACCUACGAACCAUCAAAAACCCCUGGAAUCAGAGAGUUGAUCGCCGGUAUUGACCCAGAUGAAGAACAAAGGGUGAUCUACGUCGACGGAGGGUUCGAUCUCUUUUCCUCUGGCCAAAUCGAAUUUUUAAGAUUGGUAGUCGAAGCCGAGAAGAAGAAAUACCCUACACGCCCUCCACCAUAUGUCAUCGCUGGUAUCCACGACGAUUAUACCAUCAACAAACAAAAGGGGCUAAAUUACCCGAUUAUGAAUUCGCUGGAACGUUCGUUGUGUGUACUACAAUGUCGGUACAUCAACGCCGUAAUCCUCGAUGCGCCAUUUUCGCCUUCUAAGGAGUUCCUGAAUACCAUCGCUGAAAAUAUCGAUGCAAAAGUUCAGGGUGUAUACCACGGACCCACUGCUUUUAUGCCGUCAGAGGGUGACCCAUACGCUGAUGCGAAGGAAAUGGGGAUCUUUUUCGAGGUUGAUGAGCAUGAGUUUUCGAGUGUGAAUGCGGGAACUAUAGUUGAUAGAAUUGUAGCUGCCAGGGGAAGGUUCGAGGAACGACAGAGGAAGAAAGGGGUUAAGGCAGAUUAUGAAGUCAACAUGACACAUGAUUAA